AUGUGUCGCCCGUUGAAGAGGACCUGGAAGGCGCCCUUCAGUCCUUUGGCUUCCAGUCCAGAAGACUUUCCUGAAGAGACUUCUUUGGAAGUGAAGAGACCCAGGAGAUCCUGCGAUCGCCCAUCUUCACCCGCUCCUCGCUCUGCGGCUGCUUCGGAGGAAGAUCCUGUUGAUUCGCCGACUCGAGUUCUGGCGGGACUCCAGGCUCAGAUCUCGUCCCUGGCGGACUCUUUGGCCUCAAGAUCUCGUAGGAGGAAGGACAUAUCUCUCCCAGUCAAGAGAUCUAGACGCUUUUCUUCGAAGGAUCGCUCUCCUCGUCGUCUACGAUCUCCUUCAUAUGUGGAGGUUUCGGCCGAGCGUAGGAGUUCAGCGAGUGGCAUCACUCACCUGGCCGCGCAGCAUCCAGAAACGUUUGAGAAAGGCCGUCCAGACUUCCGGGAACAGGCCGCAUCUUUGGAUGGUGACGGUUUUUCUCCGUAUCGGAUUCCUGCUUCCGGUAAGCGCUCUUCUCCGACUCAUCCUUCUUCCUCUAGUGUGCGUCCUAGAGAAGAGAGGCGCUCAGGACAGAGCAGGCUCCUUUCGUCGUCUCCGUCUCGUCGUUCUUCUCCUCAGCAUCUCCGAGAGCCUAGAAGGCGCCCUUCUACGAGUAGGCGCUCAUCACCUGGCUACCACCCUCCUCGAGUUUCGGACCCCGUGCCGAGUAGGCGCUUUUCUCCUGUAAGUUGCUCCUCUCCCAUCAGACGUCAAGAGUCUAGUAGGAGCCCUGCACCUGGUAGGCAUCCUUCUCAUGGAAGCCGUUCUCCUGUGGAGAGGCGCCAAGAUCCUCGAGUUCUUCAUUCUCCUGGUAGGCGCUCAUCAUUCUUGAGGCGACCUACUCCUGACCGUUCUCUGCUUAGUAGGCGUCAAGAUCCUCUCAAGCGCCCUGCUUCUGAUAGGCGCUCGGCGCCUAGCAGCUGUUCUCCGCUUGGUAGGCGUCAAGAUCCUUUCAAGCGCCCUGCUCCUGAUAGGGGCUCGGUGCCUGGCAGCCGCUCUCCUCGCGAUAGGCGCCAGGAUUCUUGUAGGCGCUCUCCCUCUCGUAAGCGCCCUGUUGAUCAAGGUGGUCUUUCAUGGGACAGGAGCCCUGCCUCUCCUGCAGUCAAGAUUUCGUCUUCCACGAAGAGGGAGUCCGAUUUUAGACACGCCGCUCUCCUUUGGAUUUGA